CUAGGCUCGAGCCAGCACCACCGAGCUGAUCCCCAGAGCUUCCACCCUCCAGAUGGGUAGGAAGCCUAAGCGUGGCAACAAGCGUGCCUUCGUCCAGAGAAUUGCUACGUCUCUCAAGAUCCAAUACAAGCAGGCCCUCUCGUUCGUGAACGCCUACUCGGACGCAGUAAUUCAAGGAGUUCGCGAAGAUGGCCGUUCGAUUCUCCCCAACAUCGGCUGUCUCUCCAGGGCGUUGCGCAAUCCACGGUCGCAGCUAGACAUCAAUGAGGCUAACAUGAGGUCGGGCGGUGGUAUGGCCCAGCGCAAGUACAAGAAGGCCUACAUCAAGUUCGCGUCCAAACAGGUGGUUCGCAAGAUGUUUGAGGAGGUCGUCGACGAGAGCACCUGGAACCCACAGAGCACCUUCACCUCGUCCAGAGAGCCUUCGCCUCCAGCAGCAGCGCCAGCCUCGACGAGUGGCCAGCCGUGAUCGUGGCCAAGGAGUGCCAUGAGUAAGUCGUCGAGUCACAAGGCUCGCCCAGCGGUGCGAAGGCACCACUUCGAGGAUACUUCAGCGUGCGUGGCAGACGGUCGCUCUUCAGCAGCGCGUGCUCGGG